CUGUGGGUGUCAGCCCGCGAAGCAGGGGAGAGGAAACCGGGCGCAGCUUCGCGUCCAAGUCUGACGCAUUGACGGCUAGAACAGCGGAGGACACUGACGGCCUCGGCGAGGACGAAAGAGAGGGUGAAGACGAAGAUGACGAAGAUGGCGAGGGGACCCCGCACACGCCGCGCGACUCGCCUUGGACGGCCGAACCGCUGGCACUGCUCGACGCUAAGACGGUGCGCUACCCACCUGCGGCGACAUACGCAAUCGGUCCUCAGCGCCCUGUACCUCCAUCUCCCGCAUCAGCGCACGUCGACCCGCUGGGCCCGCUGAGCCUUGGUCCCCGCUCGGUACCCAUGGCGCGUGCCGCUUCCGAAACGCGCGACCAGUGUCCGAAGCCGAGCACCGGAGGCGUGUUGACGCGCUUUCGCCUCCGCAGCGCUGUCAGCUCGCAGGGCUUAUCGACACGUGCGGCGUCCUCCUCUGGCUCCGGCUCGGCCUCUGGUGCAGGCUCGCUCGUGGUUUCGCCAUGUGCGCUCGCAGUCCGCAGCGAGGAUCUGCCGUUGCCACAUCACCACGCUGCUCAGGCCGUCGGUGGCCUCGAGGUGCCGUUGAUCUACGACGUUGACAGUGCAGAGAGGAUGCACCAUUCGAGCCCCUCGCUGAUGGGCCGACAGAACGGGAGCGAGCGCGCGCAUGCGAUGCCUCUCAGUCCCACGAUGGCAUCGCCGAGCCCAGAUAGCACAGGGCGCAGCUUCUUUCCGGACCUGAUUAAAGGCAGGAGGCGCAAAGACACGCUUCGCAGCCACGCGCCCGCGUCCGCACCUGCUCCGACCGACUACGGCCUUGGCAGCCCAAGCGUGUCCGUAGGCACCUGCAGCCGCGCAGGCGAAUUCCCUCCCGCCCCGGCGAGGCAAACGAGCGAGACCAGCAGCGCGGGCGGCGGCUGCGCAGCGAUGGCCGCCACGUCGCAAGCCCCGGUGGCGGCGACGGACCCUGUUGUGUGGCACCAGCGUUUUGCGAACGAAGUGCUCGAGCAGGAAAUGCGGGAGCAGGAGGCGAUCGCGCAGGCGCUCAUGGAUCAUCGGCUUGAAAAGGUCAAAAAGUCUAAGGACGGCGCAAAGGACAAGGAGAAGGGCACACGCAGCUUCGGGUUGCGCCACAUGUUCACCAAGAGCGGUCGCAACCUUAAGGAGGAGGUCAGGAGGGGGCAACUAGUGGAUAAGGGGCGCCAGCAGGAAGCGGACAGAACGUCUCCGCCCCUGCCCCUUUCGCACAGCUUUGAUAACUCGCACGCGACGUCGAUGCCGCCUCUGCCGGGUCCUGUGGAGCGCGAGGACGCGCGCAUCUCACACGACACGCGUUCGGUCUGGAGCCGGCCGUCGGCGGGCAACGCGAGCUUCUGUAGCAGUAGCAGGGCUAGUACCGCGGCCUCGUUGCUCAGCGCGGACCAGCGCAGCAGCGCCGCAGGUGACACCUCCGCUGACACGUCCUUUAGCUCCGCCGAUACGUCGUUUAGUUCCGCUGACAGCAUAUCGUACAAGUACAGCGUCAGCAUCCCUACAGAGUCCUCCGCCAUGUCCACAUCAUACCCGUCUGGCGAGAUGGCCACGCGCAAAGGCAGCAUCAACUCGCGCGCAUCCAUCGUAACGAGCAGUUCAUCUGCGCGCUCUGCCAACGGCAGCGGCAGCGGGCCGAGUGACGCGCCAGCAUCCGCGUCCACAUUAGCGUCACUCACGCCCUUGGGAUCGAUCACUUCCUUCAAGUCUUCCGGCAGCGGCGGGAGUGAUGUGCCGAGCCUUGCACCCAUCGGCUUCAGAGGCAGCUUUGGGUCCAAUCUCCUGGAGGAGGCAUUCAAGGCCGGCAUGGCCGAAGACCGUGAUUCCGUCGUAGCUCAGCUUAGAAGACGCAGCAGAUCCGGAUCCUCCACCAGCCAGCAGAGCAGCAUGUCUUGCAAGCCUCCUGUCAUCAUGCGUCGCACAAGCAGCGCUCUCAACGGUGCUAAGCUGCUCGAUGCAAACCUGCCUCCGCCCAUCCAAGAGGAAGCCCGGCCGCAAUGUGAUGCUCCGUCCAGCGACGCUACCAUAAUAGCUCAUGUGCAAGCUUCCGUCAACUCGGAGGUCCUGCAGCCGCCUUGCAAGGACAAAUCUCAGGUCGGGCUCUCCACUCCGAAGGCUUCAGAGAUCAACCGGUCGGCGCAGAGAGGGGCAAACCCCCGAAGUCCCACCAGCCCCAAGCAGCGCGCACUGACCGGAAAGCUUGCAUCACAGUUAGCCAUGCUGCCUAGUCUUAGCUCGUCCUUAGGCUUGUGUUUGCAGCACACCGCAGCAGCGGCGACAACAGUAGCGGUGGCACCGGUUAUAGUCGCCCAUACGGUGGAUUCAACCGCAUCGUUGCCCCCAGAGGAAUACUGGCGCGCGUAUGCAAAUGGGCAGAUUGAACUUAACGACCCUGUGACCCCCACAUUCGUGUCCGCAUCUCAGGAUGGCUUGCGCAUUCACAUGGCUGCUAUGUCGCCAAAUCUGGAGGCAAUACAGAACGCGACCAGUCCCACCGACCUUUCCUUUCCACCACCGCCUUUGCGCGCUUCGGAGGGCGGGCGUGGAUUUGAAACUCCCCUGCUCCUCUCAUCGUGCGAGGCCCAACGCUUCCAGGCCACGCUUGCCGCCGUUAAGGCCGUCAUCAACGUGCGGGAGACAAGUCGGCGCCUGCAUAGCAUCCUCGAGCGCGUGUGUGGCGCCAUGCGUCUCGAAGAAGUCAAAGUCGACGCGGUGCUGAAUACCUCCGUCGUCUGUCUCGCAAGAGCUUGCGCAGGUGCUUCAAGCAUGGAUGGCGGCGAUGUUUUCAAGACAAAGGCCUGCGCCUCCACAGUCACAGAUGCCUUUGCAUUUGUUGGGUUGCGCUCCACAUCAAUCGCCGGCCACACGGUGCUUUGCACAGACAAUGCCUCGCUCGUGAUUCGUGAUAUCGAAGCUGACUGGCGAUUCAGGGGCCUGCCCGUAGCAUCCUCAGCCCGCUUCUAUGCCGGCAUACCUAUACGGGACGCACAGGGACACGCCAUAGCAGUGCUUUCCCUUUGGGCUCGAACUGCACGACCUGAUGGCCUUACAGCCAGCCAGCAAAAGCUGCUCAGCCUCGCCUCAAGGGAAGCAGCAGCUGAGCUGGAGGCUUCUCGUCGCUCCGCGCUGGACUUAAAGCUGAGAGAGUUGGACCAGAGCGUGCGCGAAUGGGCGUACGCAGUGUCUCAUCCAACAGACAGUGUAGACACGGCUUCGCUCGCAACGUCAAAGCCGCCAACGGCACCAAUCAGCAGUCCCAGUCCAUCUUUAGCUGAACGACGUAACGUCAAGAUUCCAUCAGAGCUGCUCCUCCCUUCUUUGCGGUCCAUACCUGAGUCAUUGCACCCAGAAUUCAUUCGGCUCCAGAAGGCGGUCGAUGCAAUGUCACAAGCACUGCAAGUUGAGACGGUAUACCUUGCAUCAGUUGAUUCCGACCCACUCAAUGCCACCGCCAUUGCCUCCUCCAAAGGCAGUUCCAGGAGCGUCGCGUGCCUCGAUGCGCCUCUGCACCUGUGCGCACUUGCGUCGACAAGUCAGGGUCUGCGUUGGCGUGGUGAUCGCGCGUCACAGCUGAUCGGUACAACAGGCUGCAACUCUUCAUUCACUAUACGGUGCGAGACUGAAGAGCAAGCACGUUCGAAGGCUUUCGGAAGGGGCUGGGUCCUUGGUCUCGUCGCUCCUACAUUUGACUUUGAAGCACCAGAGGUGGUAAUGUACAUUCAGCGCUUUGCGCGCUUGCUCGGAAUUGUGCUGUACGAGGAAGAGUCAGCCCGAACCUCAUCGAUCGCAACGCUGACAGCCGGUCAGCCAACCAAGGAGCGAUCUCACCAUCUGCAUACGUCACCCAUGCAGCAGCAGCAGCAGCGUCGGAAGGAGGCAUAUUUAGCGAGUAGCAAGGACUCUGCGCUUUUUUUGCGGUCCCCAAUACCUAAAGUGCAGGUAGAUCGUCCCCUCCCUUCGCAUCCCGGGAGGACACAGGUCGGUACACGUGUUCUCCCAGCCGCCUCUCCGCCGCCUGCCAGUCCUCUCCCGCUUCCACCCAUGACGCUCCCAGACCCCCCUGUGUACGUGUCCUCACCAUCUUUGUCAUCCAGGGAGCACGGCAGCAACACGCAUUCGCCGCCCAAGCGCGAAGUACAACUGCCCCCGGGACACAUUUUGAACGGCAUUUCGCCACCACGUUCGGCUGCUCCUGUGAAGCAAGGGGCACUGGGCACCUGUCAGUAGCAGUCGCUGCUGCGAGCUUUACUAUCGACGUCAAAGACGCAGGCGGUACUACCGAUAGUGGCAUGCGACGAGACUGGUGCCAGAAAUGGACACCCUGACUGUGGUCGGUUCUUCGCCUGGCGGCCGGAUGGCAUGGUUCGGAUGCGGAGUUCGAGAAGGUACUGCAGCUGGAAUCUGUUGAGCAGUGGAUUGCUCAUGGCUUACUUAAGGCGUGCCCCUUGCUGCGCUUGGAUACUCGAGCCGAAGAAGUAACACAACACAUUCCUUUGGCUUCGAACGGGGCCCUUGGCUCUGAACACCCACACAUACCCGCGCUCUU